GAAAAAGUAAAACCACUAAUUAAAUCAUGCCACGUGUAGAGUUGAAUUCAAUUUCCAUUUGUUUUCUUUUCCUGACGUGGCUGAUAAAGACUAUCCAUGUUGAAAUAACACAAGAGACAAAUCCCAAGGUUGAAGAAGAAGCUGGAAACACAGAAGCGCCUCUGGUGAAGAGCAUAUUCGUCUACCCCGUCAAAUCAUGCCAAGGGAUUUCCGUUUCACAAGCUACUCUCACUCCAAAUGGUGUAGUGAUAAAAGCUGAGGGAAUGAGCACUCUGAAGAUUCCAAUGGUUCAGCCUUCUGCAGUGGCUGAUGGUGUAUCCGUGUGGGCGUGGUCUGGCUCUGCCCUUGAUGAAGGAGAGGAGGCUGCGAAAUGGUUCUCUCAAUAUCUUGGCAAAACCAGUCGAUUAGUUCGUUUUGAUGAAGCAUCACAAAGCAGGCCUACGCUUUCUGAUUAUGUCAGUGGUCAUAACAUCAAAUUUAACGAUUGGUAUCCGUUCCACGUGAUAUCCCAAGGGUCGUUGGAUGCACUGAAUGCUCGUCUUUCAGAGCCUGUUUCGAUCAACAGAUUCAGACCCAACUUCCUUGUAGAUGGAUGCGAACCUUUUUCUGAGGAUUUGUGGAAUGAGGUCAAGAUCGAUGAUUUUGUUUUCAUGGGGGGAGAGCUUUGUUACCGUUGUAAGAUCCCAACGGUUAAUCAAGAAACUGCAGAGAUGGGAGCUGAACCAAACGAGACACUGAUGAAGUUCCGGUCUGACAGAGCACUGGUUCCUAAUAAAAAGAAACAUCUAGGAGGGUUCGUGGAACGGGAUACAUAUAUUUACAUGGGAAAUAUGAUGGUGUGCAAGAGCAAGGCAAUCAAAGUGGGUGAUCCUGUGCAUGUUUUGAAGAUGGUUUCUUCUUAUGAUGAGUGUGUCAUUUAGAAUCUUCCAUUCAAAUCUUGGAAGAGUAUGUUCCAAAUAUUGUAACAUUAGCUUUCUAUAUUUCUGAUUUUGGUAUUGUACUGAGAUAUUUAGUAAUCUUCAAUAAAAUAUGAAUAAAUAUUUGUA